GGUAGACGUCACAAAACUCAGAGGGACACUUGCCAUGGGGUCUUCUAUGUUAUCUCCCUCUUGUAAAUUCUCCGUAUAUUUUCCCCCUGCUUCUUUAGUGACAAAUCGGUGGUAUGAUUAUUCAAAUUCAUCAUUUAUUAAGUUUGAUAAGCAAACUAACAGGCAGAAGGUGAAUAAGUGUAGUGCCAGUUAUGAAGUUGGUGGAGGUUAUUCACAAGAGGAAUUGAAUGCUAGAGACAGCACAAGAAGAAAGCAGCAGGGGAAAGAGGAGCCAUCUGUUGAUUCUUCUGCUCAGUAUCAAGCUAUCCUCAAAGGUGGAGAUCAAGUCACCUCUGUUCUUGAAGAGAUUGCGAAGCUGUUGGAAGACGAUAACAUGGAUGAAGCAUCCGAGGAGAUGGCCGUGCAGUUGGCUGCACAAGGAGUGAUUGGGAAGAGAGUUGAUGAGAUGGAGUCAGGAUUUAUGAUGGCCCUAGAUUACAUGAUACAAUCUGCUCAGAAUGACCAGGAUGAUAAGCGCAAGGCACUUUUGGAGGUGAUUAAAGAAACCGUCUUGUCACAUCUUACAAAGAAAUGCCCUCCACAUGUUCAAGUGAUUGGACUUUUGUGUAGAACUCCUCAGAAAGAUAGCAGAAGUGAGUUACUUAGGCGAGUUGCUGCAGGUGGUGGUGCUUUUAAAAGUGCGGAUGGCACAAAAGUUCAUCUUCCAGGAGCAAACCUAAACGACAUAGCUAACCAGGCUGAUGAUUUACUAGAGACAAUGGAAACGCGGCCUGUUGUUCCUGACCGGAAGUUGCUUGCCAGACUUGUUUUGAUAAGAGAAGAGGCCCGUAAUAUGAUGGGAGGUGGAAUACUAGAUGAGAGAAAUGACCGUGGUUUAAGUACACUCCCUGAACCAGAGGUGUACUUUUUAACUAAACUUGUUGCUCUGAAACCUGGGAAAACUGUGCGUGAGAUGAUCAAAAAUGUGAUGCAAGGAAAAGAUGAAGGUGCAGAGGAAUCUGAUGAUGAAGAAGCAAGUAAAAAUAGAAAAAGAGUUUCAAGUAGAAUUGCUGGAAGGGCUACUGUUACUGGGGUGAAGCCAUUGCCUGUGCGUCCAGGCAUGUUUUUGGAGACCGUAACCAAGGUGCUAGGUGGUAUAUAUGCAGGAAAUGUCCCUGGUAUCACAGCACAACAUCUUGAAUGGGUUCACCAGAAUACUCUUCAAGUUCUUCAGGAAAUAGCUUUCUAGCUAUGCAUGGCAGGCAUUACAUCCAUUUACCCAUACAAUUUUGACCGCAGUCCUUGAUCAUGGGAUUACUUGUAAGCAAGAUAGGUAAUUUCAAGACCCAACUUAAAUAUCUAUAGUGCAUAUAUGCUCUCACUCGUUAAAAACCCAACCGAAGAAUGUACUUAUAGACGCAAGACGAGUGAGAAAUCGUGAUAGUCUUAAUGGGGCUAUUAGUAGUUUUGUCCUGCUAAUUUAUGUUAAGAUACCCUUUGAUAAACCUAGGCCUGGGUUUUGGUCAGGGAGCUGUGAUUCUGCAUGUAUAUGGCGUUUAAAAUCUCAAUUCUCUAGAUUUAGUCAAGUUCACAGUUCAAUAAACUAAUAAUUUCAGUAUCGAUGUUCUUGAUUCUUAUCAAAAAAUUUAGUUAUGAAGGAUCUAAAGAGGAACUUGCCAAUGAGCAUUCCUUAUUUGUAGCUUUGUAAUUUUGGCCUAGUGGGUAUCUUUCUUCUCUGGGUAACAAGAAAUCAAGGGUUCAUCUUCAACAGA